UGUGUGUGUGUGUGUGUGUGUGUGUGUGUGUGUGAUGAGAGAGAGAGAACUGCGACUUAUCUGCGACUUGUAUCCAAUCCAUCGAUAUGAAACGUAUUUGAACUUGAGAACUGGACGGGCUGCUGUUCCUGGUCGGACUUUCUCUGGUUCCGUUGCUGUUGAAUCGUCUCUGUCUCUGGAGAAAUGUCGGGCGUUAGUUCGGUCCAGGUCCAGACCGGAGAGGUGAACCAAACCGGAGCCGAGUCGGUGCGACAGGAGGCCGGGAUCCUGCAGCCGCAGACGGUGUUCGUCAUCCUGGACUCGGCUGAAACACUUAAUCUGAUCCAGGUGGAGUCUGGGAUCGUUGCUGACAUCGAGGUUGACAGUCUGCUGCCCUCGAGCUUCGACACCUUCUACCAGAUCAAGAGUCAGCCAAUCAGCGUCAGUUCUUCAGCAGCAGUUGCCUCCUCUUCCUCCUCAACAUCAUCCUCACUGCCCUCAAUCAUGUCAUCCAGGGUGUUGAUGCGUCAGGACCUGAUGCGUCAGCAGGCUCUGGAGGAGCAGCAGAAGGAGGCGCAACAUCAGCAACAGCUCCGCACAGCAGACUCCUCCUCCUCCCCCAUCUCAGUGUCCUCCUCCUGCAGACCUCCUGCUCAGGUCCCUGUGGAGGUGCUGAAGGUGCAGACUCACCUGGAGAACCCCACCAGGUAUCACAUCCAGCAGGCUCAGAAGCAGCAGGUGCGCCAGUAUCUCUCCACCGCUCAGACCGCCGUUACCCCCAAGACUGCCAAUCAGAAGUCAGCUGGACCAUCCCCAAGCCACUCCCCCCAACUGGGCUGUGCUCCAGGACUGCAGCCAGGGGAGAGCAAACAGGAAAUUGAAGACACCUUCAUUGAUGACAUCAUCAGUCUGGAAUCGAGCUUCAAUGAUGAAUUUUUGACACUGAUCGACUCUGGACUGCAACUCGCCAACACGAUGCCCAUGUCUGGGACCAUGGUUGACAUGUACGGCAGCAGUGGAGGGAUGGCCACGCCCACCGUCACCGUGAGCAACAGUUGCCCGGCUGGACUCAAUGGCGUGAAGAACGAAAUGUGUGAUGUGGAGACCAAAACUCUGAUCAAAGAAAGACAGAAGAAGGACAGCCACAACCUCAUCGAGAGGAGGAGGAGGUUCAACAUCAAUGACCGCAUCAAAGAACUUGGAGCGCUAGUCCCGAAAUCCACUGACCUGGAGAUGAGGUGGAACAAAGGAACUAUCCUGAAGGCGUCAGUGGAUUACAUCCGCAAACUGCAGAAAGAACAGCAGAGAGCCCGAGAGAUGGCAGAGAAUCAGAGGAGGCUGGAGAAUACCAACCACUCCCUGCUACUCCGCAUUCAGGAGCUGGAGCUUCAGGCUCGUCUGCACAGCCUCUCCUCCUCCUCACCUCCCCCCAACUCCUCCUCCUCCUCCUCUUCUCUGGACCCCCAGACCCUGCUCUCCCACACUCUGCCUCACCCCUUCUCCUCCCCUUCCUCUUCUCUGGUGACUCCCUCACUGGGUCUGGACGCCCUGAGCUUCGUGGAGCUGGAUGAGCCUCAGGGAGCCCCCGCCGUCUUCCACCCUGACCUGAUGUCUGACGUGGGGUUGACGGAGCUCCAGGGCCUGGGAGACAUCCUGAUGGAGGAGGGGGGAGGAGGGCUAAUGUCCGACCCCUUGCUGUCCUGCGGAGCCUCUAAGACCAGCAGCAGGAGGAGCAGCUUCAGUAUGGACGAGGACCUCUGAUGACAUCAUCACUCAUGCAUUGAUCUGAUUCGCCAGAGCUGGAGGUGGGACAUGGACCAGCUGAGAGAUUUUUUUUAUUUUAAUUUUUUAAAAGAAAUAUUUUUUUGAUAUUCAGUGACAGCAUCAAAACAAAUAGCGCUCAAAAGUGAAGUCACAGGUAGCAACUCUGUCCAACAUAACCAUGGUAACCACUGGGAGUCCUCCAGUUUCGUCAUGAUAACUAUUGAGUGAUUGCCUGUAACCAAGGCAACUGCUUUUUGCUACAGUUUGACCAUGUGAUGGCAUGGUAACUGUUCUGUCCCUGUGUGUAACAGUGGUAACCACUGUGCUCUCCAGUGUCACAGUGGAAACGACAAUGUCUCUUUGAUGAUAACCAAUAUGUCCUCCAGCCUCAUCUCGAGAACCACGGUAGCUAUUGUUUCUUCCAGUGUACCUUUUGAAACCGAUUUUUUUUCUACAUGGUAACAGCAGUGUUGUUUCAUCCUUGUCAACAUCAGACAAGAAAAAACAGCCCAGAAGCUAAUUGGCUGAUAAUGAACAAACUCACAGCACAUUGGUCAGUAAACCAGCUGCUGAUCAGUUACUAAUCCAUCGAUAACUCGAUCAGUUCAGUGAAAAUUAAAAAAUCUGUUUUAAACUGUGACAUCCUGAAUGUCUUUUUGUUUUAGUCCAAAAAACCUGAAGUUGCUCUGAGAGCGAAAACAUUUUAUCAUCAACAAAGUUUAGUUUUAAAAAUGAAUGGAUGGAGCCAAUCAGCGUAGUGCAGGGUCAACAUACAGAAACAAUCGUUCACUCUCACAUUUUUUUAGUUUAUAGUCUCCGAUUUACCUAACCCCGAUGUGCAUGUCUUUGGACUGUGGGAAAAAGCCAUAGUAUCCGUAGAAAAACCCACACAUACACGGAGAGAACAUGCAAACUCCACACAGAAAGGCCCUGGGCUGUUUGAACCGAUUUUUGAACCAAGAACCUUCUUGCUGUGUGGCAACAGCGCUAAACACCACACCACCCUGCAGCCCUUUUUGAUUCAUUUAUUGUAAUUGUUAAUUAUUGAAGGAUUAUUAUUAUAACUAUGUGACACUAAAUCAACACUCUGAUUUAUGAUUUCAUCAUUUUAGCUAAAUGAAAGAAUAUAUAUAUAUAUAUAUAUCAUUUUUUCCUGGCUGCAGACUAAAAUUCCACAAAAGGUUUUAAAGGAGCUGAGGUUUUGUUAUGUGGCUAAUGUUAGUGUGUCAUUAGCAGCUGUCUACUCACCAAGUUCUGUCUCCACAGUGAAAACGUCACUUUUGUUCAUUCAUACGUCAUUCAUGUUUCCUCGUGUUAGCCAGUUAGCCCCGACCCGUCUGCUGCUCAGAUGACGUUUUAUGACCUCUGGUCUUGCAAACACAAAGAUGGCUGAAGCCCAAGGUCAAUAAACAGUUCAUGCUAAUGUUAGCUACAUAGCGACCGUCUACGGCAUCACACCUCACCUGGUCUGCGUUCAAGAAGUCUUUUUAUGGUGUUUUCUGCUGUUCUUCAACCGUUCAGGUGUGGACUCACCUGUGAAGGUGGCUCACUAAAAACAGGUGAUGUUGUCGGGACGAGCUUCAUCUGCAGAGCUUCAGUCAGAGAGAGCGUCAGGGAAAUGUUAGCUGGAUGUUCACUGGAUGUUAGUGGAACACACCAGAUCAUGAUACACUUUAUUAUUGUUUUUAUCUGUUUUAUGUUUGACAUGAAGGGAAAUGGUAACUGAGUCCAUCAUCUUCUUGUUGCCAUCAUCAUUUGCUCUGGCCUCAGUUAAUGGACCAACACACUUUCCUUUUUUUUUAAACCUUCAGACCUGGAGGUUUUGAAAACCAGCCAAAAUCAACAGAGAUUUAUCCAAUCAGAGCCUAUAAACUGUCCAGUCAUUGUCUUAAUUCUUAUUCAGGAAAGAGGUUUCAUCCACACCAUAGACUGAAUCAGUGUGAUAAGAACUACUUAAAAUUACAGAAAUGUCACACAUUUAUGCAUCUACGUAGAGUAAAUCAGUUUAAAUGUCGGUGUUAUCAGAUGAUAAGUCUGAUAGUGUUUCAUUAAAUAGAUUAAAAGUCUUCACUUAUAUUUAUUUACAUUGAGUCAAACUGUCAAAAUAAAAGAAGCUGAAUUGACUGUGAUCAGCUCCUGUUUGCAGGGAAACCCAGUGACGUACAGAUAACUAUCCCUGGAUCACUGUGAUACUGAAGGAAAUCUGAACCUCGAUCCCUGAUCAGCAGCUUCCUGUUGUUUAAGUGUCACCUGUCCCUCACCUCACCCAGUAUCUGUGCCUAUAUGCCUCAGCCCCUCCAUCUGGAGUAGAGAUAAACUCUGUAGGUGUAAAUCCAGCAAAGGACCCUGUUUUACUUAAUCCCAUCAGCUCUGCAGCACAAAUCUGAAUCCAGAACAGAAGUCAAGAUGACGAUUGAUUGACUCUGGUUACCAUAGCAACGGCAGCUUCUGACUCAGCCAUCAGUCAUAAAGAAGGGAUUCAUUUGUGUCUUUAUUAAUGUUGAUGUAGUCUCUGUUUUUAUAGAUCAAACUUUUCUAUGGAAAUAAAUAAAUAAAAUUGGUAAAAAUCAA